AUGCUCCCAAAGUACGAAAAGGAGGCCAACCGCGGGCUCCGGUUCGCCCUGAGCCACUCGCGCUUCUACAGGAGCCUGCUCUUGGCCGUCGCGGCCUUCCUGGCGAUAUUUCUGCUGCUCUGGGGCACCCACAGCCCGUCGGUUCAUGCGGUCCAGGAGAUUGGCAAGUCGGCCAUCGCAACCAUCAAGCACUCGACUCUGGGAUCCGAGGCAUGGCGCCCGCAUGUCAAUCACAUCCCGCCCAAGGUGUGGCAGAUCAUGCUGCCCAAGGAUCCGGCAAACACCACGGGCACCUUCGACCCCAAGGACCUCUCGUCGACGGCAUCCUGGGUUGCCAUGAAUCCAGACUACGAGUACACCCUCCUCGGCCAGAAAGGCGCGACCAGAUUCCUUAGACAGCACUUCAACCCCAAGGUCCUCGAGACCUUCAACAACCUCCCCAACGUGGGCAUGAAGUCCGACUUCCUCCGCUACCUCGUCCUCCUCAUCGAGGGCGGCGUCUACAGCGACACCGACACCGAGGCCAUCCGGCCCAUCGACGACUGGGUGCCCCCCGAGUACCGCGGCCGCGCCAGGGCCGUCAUCGGCAUCGAGUGGGAUCGCCAGUUCGAGGGCCAGUUCCCCGACGUCCCGCACUGGCUGCAGUUCGCGCAGUGGACCAUCGCCGCCGCGCCUGGUCACCCCAUCUUCCGCGCCAUGCUCGACCGCAUGCUCGCUUCCGCCGACGAGGUGGCCCGGCGACACGGCCAGCCGCUCAGCCAGGUCAAGCCGUCGGCCAUGGACGUGUACAACACCACGGGCCCGGCGGCGUGGACGGACGUCGUGUUCGCGCACCUGCAGACGGUCGAGAAGGGGCUGCGCGACACAAAGGACCUCACGCAGCUCAAGGAGCCGCGGUUAAUUGGGGAUGUUUUGAUCCUGACGAUUGAUGGGUUCGGGAUGGGGCAGGCGCACUCGCUCAGCACGCACGAUGGGAGCAUUCCUGAGGCUGCGUUGAUACGGCAUCAUUUCACGGGGAACUGGAGGAGCGAGUGA